CCGCCGUCGUCCCGGUCGCCGCCGGGUCCCGGGAACCGGGCUGUCCGCGCCCGCGCCCGGGGAGGAGCCGCCGCCAGCCGGGCACCAUGAACAGCAGCAGCGCCAACAUCACCUACGCCAGUCGCAAGCGGCGGAAGCCGGUGCAGAAAACUGUCAAGCCAGUCCCAGCUGAAGGAAUCAAGUCAAAUCCUUCAAAGCGGCAUAGAGACCGACUUAAUACGGAAUUGGACCGUUUGGCCAGCCUGCUGCCUUUUCCACAAGAUGUUAUUAAUAAGCUGGACAAACUUUCAGUUCUUAGGCUCAGUGUCAGUUAUCUCAGAGCCAAGAGCUUCUUUGAUGUUGCAUUAAAGUCCACCCCAGCUGACAGAAAUGGAGGCCAGGACAACUGUAGAACAAAAUUCAGAGAAGGCCUGAACUUGCAGGAAGGAGAAUUCUUACUGCAGGCACUGAAUGGCUUUGUAUUGGUUGUCACUACAGAUGCUUUGGUCUUUUAUGCUUCUUCUACUAUACAAGAUUACCUGGGGUUUCAGCAGUCUGAUGUCAUCCAUCAGAGUGUGUAUGAACUGAUCCAUACUGAAGACCGAGCUGAAUUUCAGCGCCAGCUGCACUGGGCAUUAAACCCUUCACAGUGUCCAGACUCUGGACAAAAAAUUGAUGAAGCUAAUGGCCUCUCACAGCCAGCAGUCUAUUAUAACCCAGACCAGGUUCCUCCAGAGAACUCUUCGUCUAUGGAAAGGUGCUUCGUUUGCCGACUAAGGUGUCUGCUGGAUAAUUCAUCUGGUUUUCUGGCAAUGAAUUUCCAAGGGAGAUUGAAGUAUCUUCACGGACAGAACAAGAAAGGGAAAGAUGGAUCAAUACUUCCACCUCAGUUGGCUUUGUUUGCAAUAGCUACUCCACUGCAGCCACCAUCCAUACUUGAAAUCCGAACCAAAAAUUUCAUCUUUAGAACCAAACACAAGUUAGACUUUUCACCUACUGGUUGUGAUGCCAAAGGAAGAAUUGUUUUAGGCUAUACUGAAGCAGAGCUAUGCAUGAGAGGAUCAGGAUAUCAAUUUAUUCAUGCUGCUGAUAUGCUUUAUUGUGCUGAGUACCAUAUCCGGAUGAUUAAGACUGGAGAGACUGGCAUGAUAGUGUUCAGGCUUCUUACGAAAGACAAUCGAUGGACUUGGGUGCAGUCAAAUGCACGCUUAGUUUAUAAGAAUGGAAGACCUGAUUAUAUCAUUGCAACUCAGAGACCUCUAACAGAUGAAGAAGGAACAGAGCAUCUACGAAAACGAAAUAUGAAGUUGCCUUUUAUGUUUACCACUGGAGAAGCUGUUUUAUAUGAGGUAACCAACCCUUUUCCUCCCAUAAUGGAUCCCUUACCAAUAAGGACUAAAAAUGGUGCUGGUGGAAAAGAUUCUGCUACCAAGUCAACUCUAAAUAAGGAUUCCCUCCUGAAUGCCAUGAUGCAACAAGAUGAAUCUAUUUAUCUCUAUCCUGCUUCAAGUAGUACACCUUUUGAAAGAAACUUUUUCAAUGACUCUCAGAAUGAGUGCAGUAAUUGGCAAAACAAUGUUGCACCAAUGGGAAGUGACAGUAUCCUGAAACAUGAGCAGAUUGGCCAGUCUCAGGAGAUGAACCCAACACUCUCUGGAGAUCACGCAGGGCUCUUUCCAGAUAAUAGAAAUAGUGACUUGUACAGCAUUAUGAAACACCUAGGCAUUGAUUUUGAAGAUAUCAAACACAUGCAACAGAAUGAGGAAUUUUUCAGAACUGACUUUUCUGGUGAAGAUGACUUCAGAGAUAUUGACUUAACAGAUGAAAUUCUGACCUACGUUGAAGACUCUUUAAAUAAGUCUGCCUUGGGGUGUUCAGGUUACCAUCAGCAACAGUCCAUGGCUCUGAACCCAAGCUGCAUGGUACAGGAGCACCUCCAGUUAGAACAGCAAGAGCAGCUACAGCACCAUCCGAAGCACAUAGCAGUGGAGCAGCAGCAACAGCUGUGUCAGAAAAUGAAGCAUAUGCAAGUUAAUGGCAUGUUUGCAAACUGGAACUCUAACCAAUCCGUGCCUUUUAAUUGUCCUCAGCAAGACUUGCAGCAGUACAAUGUCUUUUCAGACUUACCUGGGACCAGUCAAGAGUUUCCCUACAAAUCUGAGAUUGAUACUAUGCCUUACGCACAGAACUUUAUUCCCUGUAGUCAAUCUGUGUUGCCGCCACAUUCUAAGGGUACACAGUUAGACUUUCCCAUUGGGGAUUUUGAACCAGCCCCAUACCCUACAACUUCUUCUAAUUUAGAAGAUUUUGUCACAUGUUUACAAGUUCCUCAAAACCAAAAGCACGGACUCAAUCCACAGUCAGCCCUACUAACUCCUCAGACAUGUUACGCCGGGGCUGUGUCCAUGUACCAGUGCCAGCCGGAAGCUCAGCACAGCCAUGUGGCUCAGAUGCAGUACAACCCAACAAUGCCAGGCCCGCAGGCAUUUUUAAACAAGUUUCAGAACGGAGGAGUCUUAAAUGAAACCUAUCCAGCUGAAUUAAACAGCAUAAAUAACACUCAGCCCACCGCCCAUCUUCACCCGUCAGAAGCCAGACCUUUCCCUGACCUGACAUCCAGUGGAUUCCUGUAAUUCCAAGCCCACUCUUCAUCUUGGUUUUUUGAUUAAAUUCGUUUGUGAAACAUCAUUAGGGGGUAAUAAAACUGUCAUUGUUGGAUGUUAGCAAGUUCACGUGGAGGCAUCGAUGUAUGUAGUUCUGUUACUCCAAACCAAAUUUUAAUGAUUUUAUAAGAGGAGUUAAUUACAUAUAUUACCAUCAUUAAAAUAGAAAGUAUGCUGCCACAGAGGAGUGAAAUAAUCUACACUUUAUAGUAUUCUGAGAUACCACAGAAUAUACAAAACUUAUUCAGGGGGACAUUAUGACACUUUUAAAUAAGAAAAUUUUCUCUGUUGGAAUUAUUUCUGUCAGAAUAAAAUGAAAUACUUCGA